GAUGCCUGUUUGAACGUACGAGAAUAAAAUUAAAGUAACCCGUCCAUCCAUAAAGAAACUAGGCUACCUAUAUUAUCCAAACAUUGAAUUGUGACAAAAAAAUCUGGAUACAAUGGGUUCCAAAACGACAAGCAAUACGACCACCAAAGUCAUCUCCGUAGUGAGCAAAGUGUAUUGCUCAGCUUCCGAGAAGGUCCUCGUCGUCCGGCAACGCCCGCACGUCGCCAACGGCGGAGGUUUCGUGGUCACCGACGUCGACCAAACCCCUCUUUUCAGCGCCGAAGGAUGCGGAGUUAUUGGGAGGAAGGAUGAGCUGAUUCUUAGAGACAACUUCGACAGUCCUUUGCUUCUCAUUAGAAAAAAGGGAGAGAUAGUUGAAGUUCUAAGCAUGGCGAGAAAAUGGAAAGGCUAUACAACAACAUUUGAAGGAUCUCGGAAGCUGGUUUUUACAUUAAAAGAGCCAAACUCGUGUAUUUUUAAGAACAUCCCUAUUAAGAUUUCUAUUGAAUCAAGAGAUUACGGUAAUAAUCACCGGAAUUUCACCGUUGCCGGCUACUUCCCCGAUAGAGAUUGCAGCAUCCUUGAUUCUCUCGGCAACGCAAUUGCAAAAAUGACACGCUAAAAUUCCGGAUUGAAUAUUGGUUGAAAUAGAAGGCAAAAGUAACAUAAUCGGGAAAAAGAGGUUGUCAACGUGUCGUUAGAACCAUCCGAUUAUUUUUUAUAAGUAGAUGUGUUUGUAUGACACUUUAUGUGAUGAUUCCGUAAUAGUAGAAGAUCUAAUUUGACUGCUUUCUCAAUAUUUAUUUAUAUCGUUUAAGGGAUUGAUAUAUUGAACCACAUGGGAUAUUAUAUAAAUCGGGAUGCUUGUUAUUGGCAAUGCUUGCUUUUUUUUUUCAUUUUAUAGGCUUAUUCCUUUCCUGUAAAGAAUAUUUGUUCCUUUUCAUUCAAGUUGUAUUUCCUCCAUUCGUCUCAAAUGUUUUCCCGAAUUGGAGUCACAUACUCCGUACUAAUUAAUGAAGUAGAAAUAUUUGCUCUUGUUUUUGAUGCAUUAAGGAGAGAAACAAUAUCACAACAUCAAGCUAUUCUUUAAUAUGAAAACCAAGAAUGAAGAUUAGUGGAUUUGUAACAUUUGUUUAAGUUUUUAAUAUACCCACUUCUUCCAUUAAAAAAAUGGAAAAUUCUUAGUGUACAUAACUUUUACACAAAGUGUACACAAAAUCCCCUAAUUGUUGUGUACAUAGACAAUUCGUUUAAAAAUGGGCUCAACUUGAUGUCAAAACCCUCCUAAUUGUCAGUGUACAUUUUGUGUACAUUUUAAAAAUGUUUAAAAUGUAUACAUUUUGUGUACAUUUUGUACAUGUACACCAAGCAUGGGCAAAAAAAAAAAUAUACAUUUCAUAAGUGAUGCGGCUGCUAAAAAUUGAAUAUUCGUCUAAUUCGUAUAUAGGGGUUGCUCAUUUUGAUUCAAGGAUGAUCUCCUUACCAUGGUUGAAUUAUAUUGGUACACAAAUUUGAUAACCAUUUCACCAUUUUACAGCAAUUAACAAGUCAUUGGCGACUUGGCGUAUGGGAGUAUUAUUUCAAAUAAAAAACUGAUUUGCUGUAAUUGUUAAUACUACGGACCGGAUCGGAGUAUUGGUUUUACAUCUUACUGUCACAAUUUUGGUAUUCUUUUUUUGGCUGGCAUGAAAUCAUAUCAUAAAAUUUUUAUAUAUCGCUUCAAAUACUUUUCCAUUGGAAAAUGUUUAUAUGAAAACGUUUUAUUGAAAAUUAAUUACAUAUAUGGAUGGUUUGCAGGUGGAAUUGAGAAAAGGAAUAGAGGUUAAAAGCAAGGAUGUGUACAAUGUGAUCAUAAAGGCAGGGGUGGAUCAGGCCUUUGUUAUUGGAGUGAUUGCCAUACUUGACUACAUAUAUGGUGGAAGCACUAGAUGUUGAUUCAAUCCUUCCCCCAUAAAGAAAAUUGUUAUGACCUUAUGUAUGUACCGACACAUUAUAUAUACACAUACACAUAUGUAUCGCUUCAUUAUUUAAUUAAGAAACUUCAAGAUGUAAAUAAAAUUGCUAGAGGUUAAAAUAUUAACCGUAAUUACUAUAACUGGCAUCCUCUUCAAUCUCUUGUUAUAUUCGUGGUUUGACAAUCCGUAAUUGUGAAGUUGUAGAUCCAAUUCAUAAAUUACUUUGUUCUCAUUCAUUGUACAAUGUCAUACUAAU